AUGGCGGCAUCAAAAGAUGAUAUCACCACGAAGGACUUCGCUCUCACAACCGUUUUAGCUCUAAUCGAGGACUACCACUCGUUUAACCCAGACACCACUGUCCCGACCUACGCAUACCCGACACAUCUCGAAUUCAGCAAACAGGUCGCUCGGGGCCGACCGUGCGUGUAUCGUCUUGACCGCACCGUUGUUCAAGACAGCCAUGCCACCAACAAGGGAGGAGCCAGAGGAGAGACCAAUGACAAAGGCAAGGAUGAGUUCCUCCAGAAUGAUGAGGAGAAACAAAAGCCUUCGUUUCUGCAAGAUGUCGAAUGUCGGCGCCUCCGAGAAGAGCAGCGGUCCAUCCUGUCGGCGCCGUGUUGGAGCUGGACGAAGAAAAGCCUCUGUGACCUCGUGCAGGAAGAGGUCGAGGUCGCUGUGACACCGGACGGGAGGGCAGAUGCGCUUUACUCGCUUCCUCUGCGGAGACUUCGACCCCGAGCACAGGGACAUGCUUUAGACAACGAAGGUGGGAAGCAAAGAGACGAUCAUGUCGGUGGUCAUGGUGACGAAAGGGGACAAGCAGGAGUCGACCAGCAAGACGAGAGCGAAUGCGAAUGCGAGGACGAAGGCGUGGGCGAAGGCGAAGCAGAAGCAGAACAAAUCUUUCUUCAACCCGCCACAACAUCCAUGACGCUUUCUACGCUCAUUGACAGGCUCUGUCCUUCCAAUGUAUCGCCAUCGCCGUCGCCAUCGCCAGUUUACUACCUCCAAUCGCAAAACUCCAACCUGCACACCUCCCCCCUCUCACGCCUCCUACCUUCUUUACCACCGACGCCUCCACCCUUCUCCGCCGCCGUGCUCGGUGCCCCCGAGGCCGUGAACCUGUGGAUCGGCAACGCUUCGUCCGUGACCAGCACGCACCGCGACCCGUACGAGAACCUGUACCUGGUGGUCAAAGGGCGCAAGCGGUUCGUGCUGUUCAGCCCCGUCGAGGAGGUGUGUUUGCACGCGCAGAGGGUCCGGACUGGGCGGUGGCGGUGGGUGUUUGUUGAUGAUGAUGACGGGGAGAAGGGGAAGUUUGAAGUCGUGAUGGACGACGACGACGACGAUGACGAUGACGAUGGCAAUGACGACAAUGACAACGACAACCGCAUCCCCUGGAUCCCCAUCGACCCGCUCCGUCCCCCACCAGCCACAUCUCAAAAGUUCCCAUACUACAGACACGCGCGCCCUCUCAGCGUGACCGUCUCUGAGGGAGAAAUCCUGUAUCUCCCCGCGGGCUGGUUCCACCAUGUUUCUCAGGAAUGCGGAUUCUGGAAGGGCCAUGAGCAGGGCGACAAUGACGAUGCAACCGCGAUGGUGGCUCCGUGCAUAGCGGUCAACUACUGGUUCGACAUGGACUACUCGGGGGAGAAGCAUGUCAUGAGGGAGAUGGUGGGCCGGUUAGUUGAGAGAACCCGGAUUGCUACUGAAAACGGAUGA